AAACUUUUAGUCGCUCUCAAUUAACUGCUCCCAAAACCUUAAACCCUGAAAGUGCUCUGUUAUGAAUACUCGAGUUGGCGGUGUGAAUACUGGCACUAUUUUAGGAUCUCUUCGUUAUGAAAAGGAGAGAUCUUUUCGUUGAUUUGUUCAGAGCAUGUAACAGUGGCAAAUCAGCGACCCAAUUGCACUCUCAAAUCCUCAGAACUGGGUUUGCUUAUGACAGUUUCUUUGUCACAAAGCUCAACUCUUUGUAUGCCAAAUACACAUCCAUCGAGGAGGCGUACCAACUGUUCGAUGAAACGCCUCAAAGAACCGUGUAUCUAUGGAAUUCAAUGCUUAGGAGCCAUUGUAGAGAGAAACAAUGGAAAAGAACUUUGCUUUUGUUCAAGCACAUGUUAUCUGAUAAAUUCAAGCUGGAACAAAGGCCUGAUAAUUUUACGGUAUCCAUAGUGUUAAAGGCGUGUGCCGGGUUGAAGUGGCUCAAACUGGGCAAAAUGGUACAUGGGUAUGUUAAGAAAGAUCAAAAGAUGGCAUUAGACAUGUUUGUGGGUGCUGAGUUAAUUGAAUUGUACUCAGAAUGUGGAAAAAUGGGAGAGGCACUGAAAGUUUUUCAGGAGUUUCCAAAGCCAGAUGUUGUUUUGUGGACUAUAAUGGUGACUGGAUAUGAGCUGAAUGGCUAUCUAGAAGAAGCAGUGACAUUUUUCUCAAGAAUGGUGGUGAAGGAGGGUAUCAGCCCUGAUCCUGUAACGCUUAUAAGUUUAGUAUCUGCUUGUGCGCAGUUGAGGCAUGGUAUGCUUGGUAAUUGUGUGCUUGGUUUUGUGAUUAGGAGAGGGUUUGAAGCUGAUAUAUCAUUGACUAACUCGUUGUUGAAUUUGUAUGCCAAGUCAGGUUCUGUUAAAAUUGCAGCCAACUUAUUUAAGUGGAUGAUAGAAAGAGAUGUUGUGUCAUGGAGCUCAAUGAUUGCGUGUUAUGUUCGUAAUGAGGCUGCAGUUAAAGCAUUGGAACUUUUCAAUGAAAUGAUCAACCAGGGAGUUGAACCAAAUGCAAUUUCUAUGGUUAGUGGGCUACAAGCAUGUGCAUUGGCUUGUAAUUUAGAAGAGGGAAAGAAAAUUCAUGAUCUUGCAGCUAAGAAAGGUUUUGAUACAGAUGUUUCAGUUUCUACAGCUCUGAUUGAUAUGUACAUGAAGUGCUUCUCUACUGAUGAAGCUGUUGAUGUCUUCAGAAAAAUGCCAUGGAAAGAUGUGGUGUGCUGGGCUGCUUUGUUAAGUGGGUAUGCUCAGAAUGGAAUGGCUUACAUGUCAAUGGGAGUGUUCAGAGACAUGCUAUCCAAUGAAACUCAACCUGAUGCUGUUGCCAUGGUAAAGAUUCUUUCGGCUAGUUCAGAGCUGGGCAUUCUUCAGCAGGCUAUCUGCCUUCAUGGUUAUGUAAUUAGAAGCGGCUUUGAAAAUAGUGCUUUUGUUGGGGUUUCACUUAUAGAGUUGUACUCAAAAUGUGGUAGCUUAUGUGAUGCAGUCAAAGUUUUUGAAGGUAUUUUUGAUAAAGAUGUUGUUAUCUUGAGUGCUAUGAUUGCUGGGUAUGGAAUGCAUGGUCAAGGACGAGAAGCGUUGAAAUUAUUUGAUUGGAUGGUUAAGAGCUCUGCGGCAAGUCCUAACAAUGUGACAUUUCUAUCACUUUUAUCUGCCUGUAGCCAUUCUGGCUUGAUUCAGGAGGGUAUUAAUAUUUUUGAUAUUAUGGUACAUGAAUACAAAGUGGAUCCAAGUUCUGAACAUUGUGGGAUAUUGGUUGAUCUUCUUGGCCGUAUUGGAGAGCUAGACAAGGCCAUGGACAUUAUCAAGCAAAUGCCCACUCCAGUUCAGCCCCAUGUUUGGGGUGCCUUGCUUGGUGCAUGUAGGAUACAUCAAAACAUUGAGAUGGGAGAAGUGGCAGCAAAGAACCUUUUCCACUUAGAUCCUAAUCAUUCAGGUUAUUACAUUCUUUUAUCAAACAUAUAUGCUCUUUCAGAGAAAUGGGUUAAUAUGGAAAAAAUUAGAACUUCAAUAAGGGAGAAGGGGUUGAAAAAGAUGUUUGGACUGAGUGUGAUUGAGAUUGGGAAUGAAGUGCACAGUUUUGUUGCAGAUGAUAAAUUCCACCCUGACUGUGAGCAGAUUUAUGAAUUACUGAGACAGUUGGAGAUGAAAAUGAGAUCAGGAGUGAAACUGUUUCAUGAUGCUGAAUUCUAUUUUGGGGCCUGACUCAAUGCAUACCUCAUAGCUUCACUUUUCUUUUUUUUAGUUAUAUCACUCAAACUGUCCCUGAGAAUGAUAUUGGUUUCAACUGAUAAAAUGGCUAUAUAUGCCAAGAGUGCAAUGGUUGAGAGCUGUAGAAUUCAUGGGUGUGAAGGAAAGAAACUGAGCUUCCCAAAAGAUUUGGUGACAGCAUUGAUGAGGCCAAUUAUGCAACCUCCACUUGCAUUAUUUCUACUUGUAACCAUGCAAGGGCUUUUGGAGUAUUGUAAAUUGGUUGGGAAAGGAGUUUGUUAUUGCAUUAGAACUCGUGGUAAAUAAUCUUCUCAUGUGAACAUGGCAUAUGCCUAGGCACUGGAAGACACUGCUAUAAGGAAAAUCGACUUCAAGCUAGUGAAUCUUCCAUGGACCUGAAUGCAAGGCCUGAAGGCUGUAACUAUUUGAGCAUAUGCAGUCAGUUGAGCCAGACGUUCACGAAGAUAUCGCCCUUCAUAUACUCAAUGCAGAGAUCAAAAGAAAUAUUGGGUGAAGAUUGCUUGUAGUUUAAGCCCCAAAGGUGUAUUUCAGGGCAAGGAGGCAUCAUACACGUGCCAUCUAACAAGUUCAUUCCUUCCCUUACAGGCGCAAGGAUUUUUUUGGGCAAGGUAUUGAAAAUUUAUGCAGAUUGCUUUUACCAUAUUACUUGUUUUUUUUCCUUGCCAAUUACUAUUAUGUCAAAAUGGGAUUUCCUUGAAGACAAUGCAGCUGCAUAAAAGUAAAGGAGUGAAAUUUUGCUUGAGUAAAAUUACUUAAUGGUCCCAAUUUCAUCAAAUUUAUCAAUUUGUCCCAAUUUUCCAUGUUUCAUUUUUGCAUUUAUUCCUUCCAUUGGAUCUGGAGGCUUGGUUCAGCUACAGAGACAUGUUAAUUGGGAAGGAACUUGCACAUUCUCCAAUUUUAACAAAAUUUGUAAUUAAUU